AAAAAAAGAAAGUGUCAUAAACGUCAAAUCGUCCACCAUGAUUUGACAACUUUGUUUUUUUGUUCCUAUCGCAAAUAUUGCCGACUGAACUCUUGUUUGUACCGUAAAAUUUAGAAACAAUAGUGAUACCAAUGGCUAUACCAGAAUAUAAACUUAGUGCUGUAUUAUGUGGUCACUCUUUGGACGUACGAUGUGUCUCUACGACAAAAGAAAACUGUAUACUAUCAGCUUCUCGUGAUAGGACCGCAAAGCUAUGGCACCCGGAAGGGAUCAAGGAUUUCGUGAACGUAGUGACUUACAAAGGUCACAAGAACUUUGUCUCGUGCGUUUGUUGGUUACCACCCUGCGAAGCGUAUCCUGAGGGUUUAGUGAUAACGGGGAGUAACGACAACACCAUUCUUGGGUAUAACCUGCAAGAUGCGAUGAUCCAGAUCACGCUGGAAGGCCACGAGAACGCCGUGUGCAGUGUGGCACCUGGUAGAGACUCGGGAAUACUUCUAAGUUCAAGCUGGGACAGUUCAGCCCGUGUGUGGAACGUCAACAAACCUCACGCCACCCCGCUCAUUCUUAAAGGCCACCAGGCAGCGGUGUGGGCGGUGCUCGAGCUCGGUGACGGUGCUUACGCUACGGCGUCCGCUGACAAAACUAUCAAACUGUGGAAGAAAGAUACCACUUUAAUUACUACCCUGACAGGACAUACCGAUUGUGUGAGGGGUCUAGUGGUGGCCAGCCCAGAAUCCUUUUUAAGCUGCUCCAAUGACGCCACAAUCAGACUCUGGAGUAAUAAAGGACAGUGCCUUAAUACCUACUAUGGACAUUCUAAUUAUAUUUAUAGUAUAAGUCUGAACCCGGCGCUGGCAUCGGGCUUCGCGUCGUGCGGGGAAGACGGCUCAGUGCGACUGUGGGCGGGCGGCGACUGCGUGGCCAGCGUGCGUUUGCCAGUACACUCAGUAUGGAGCGUCACCUGCCUGGACAACGGAGACAUCGUGACCGGCUCAAGCGACGGCGUGGUGCGCGUGUUUACUGCUGAUGCGGCGCGGUACGCCGACGAGGAGACGCUGCGGCUGUUUGAAGAAGACGUGCAGAAGAUGGAGCAAGCCGCGCAGCAGGAGAUCGGCGGGUACAAGCUGUCCGAGAUCCCUGGUCCCGAAGUGCUGCUCGAACCAGGCAAGUCUGAAGGGCAGACGCGGCUGGUGCGGCGCGGGACUUCCGUCAAGUGCUACUCCUGGAGCAACGCCGAGAACACCUGGAACGAGAUCGGUGACGUCAUGGGCGCCAACCCGCCGGCUGAAGGCAAGACCAUGUAUCAGGGACAGGAAUAUGACUUCGUGUUUAGCGUGGACAUCAAAGAUGGCGCUCCGCCAAUAAAACUGCCUUACAACAAAUCGCAAGACCCUUGGGUUGCCGCGCAAGCCUUCAUACACAAACAUGAUCUACCUCAAGUAUAUUUAGAACAAGUAGCAAACUUUAUUAUUACGAAUGCAAAAUUGGAGUCAUUGCCUGCACCAAGUAAUGGUUUCGCGGACCCAUUCACGGGCGAGAACCGUUACGUGCCCGGCUCGGCCGCCGCGCCCGGUCUUCCGCCGCCGUCAGCUGCUGAUCCUUUCACCGGCUCUGGGGCUUAUACCACCAGUGCUGCCAGUACUGUGGCCUCGUCGACGGAUAAGCCGCUUAUACCGCACGACGCUUACAUCAGGUUUGACCAGGCGAAUUUAAAAGCAAUAUUUGAGAAACUAAAAGAAUUUAACAGUAAAGUUGGCGAUGGCCUGAGCGCCCUUACCACGGAGCAGUUAGAAAACGUAGUUAAAUUAGGAGAACUGAAUAGCACACACAAUCCUGAGACUGUUUCUUUAUUGAAAAAGAUGUUAGAAUGGCCAAAAGAAAUACUCUUCCCCGUAUUGGAUAUUACUAGGUUAGCAGUUAGAAACAAGGAUAUCAAUGGGCAAAUAUUUGACACGACGUACGGCCCGAUGUUCGUCAAAUAUCUACUUUCUUUAUUAGCGCCAGAUAACCUGCCAGCGAACCAAAUGCUAGCGAUGCGAGUGUUAGUGAACGCAUUUAGUGACCUGCCUGGAGAGAUGCUGGUGCUUGCUGCGAGAGACAGCCUCGUGCAUUGUAUCAUAUGCCUGCAGCAGAUGAACAAUAACGCGCAGAUCGCGGCGGCGUCUUUACUCCUGAAUCUAUGCGUGGCGCUGGCGGCGCAGUUGGACACGGCCGAGCUGGCCGACUGCCUCGUGGCCGUGUUGCCGCGACUGCACGACAACGAGGCCUACUUUAGGGCCCUCGUAGCACUAGGCACUCUACUGGCCGAGACUCCCAACAAGCUGGUGAUCCAGACUAAAGUCGUAUCCAGCGCACCUCUACACAACCGCCUGAAGCGAGAUGCCGCGUCGUCGGACGCCGCCAUAAGGAAACUGACGGUGGCCUCACAACAGCUGCUGCGACUGUUAUAGUGCAUUUAGUGAUAGUGGCUCUCGAGAGGUAUUUUCGAAGCGUUCGAAUCGAAUCUUGCUCGGCUCGGCUCGGCUGGGGAUAAAUCGCGUGCGUAUUGUGGAAUCGACGUUGAAGAAUAGGGGAUCGUACACAACAAGUCAGUUGAAAUACUUUUUUUGAACUGACAAAUAGCCGUUUCUCCAAAGUUUAUUGAAAUACCCACGUUUAAAACAACACUUUUCUUUUAGGGUAUUUUUUUAAAAUCUUUUUUAGGUAUCAAAGUCAAAUGACUAAUGAUUUAAAUGAUGUGUAUGGUGGCCGAGCCCGAUCCCCUAUUCACAAAAUGGCUUUUGAAAAAUAAUUAUCUUAUUGAAAUUCGUAUGCGAAUCAUGCGCAUUCGAUUUGAAAUUCGAAUGUUUCAAAAAUACGUUCCCAGUUUUGAUUCGUGUCAAUAUACAAAUAUUUGAAUGGACAGUUUUGAGAUUUCUAUUGGCUUUUUUCUAUCGUGUGGUUUGUUGUCUGGUAUCGAUCGGCUGAAACGGAAUUUUUCGAUACUCAUUGGUUGUAUAAAGACCAAUAGGAAUCACUGAAAUUAAUGACACUUUAAUACUUCCAGAAGAAUCACAAGCGCAGAAAUAACAUGAAAUGAAAACUUAAGUCAGCUUUGUACAGACAACGGCAUGUAAAGCUAAACACUGGCACAUAUUUAGUUGUAAGAAGUGCUAUUUUGCAAAGUUUUUGAGCGAUGCGCUAUGUGAUUCCACAAUUUUAUUCAAAGUUCUUGCGGUUUAGAAGUGGCAGCGUGAACCAGUUUCAAGUGUUUGUGUGUUAUGAUAAUGUGCUAGUCACAACUUGGUGUUAAGUAGUUCUAUGGUCGCAGAAGGCUAGUAGACAAUACUAUUUCUCUGAUCAAAUUGAUUUGUUAGACAAUAAAAUGUACUAAUGCAUGCAAUCCAAGACUUCUUCCACUGGAUAUUGUCCUGGACUGAAAUAUUGCAACUUGUGUCAAAACCAUGUUCCCGUUACAAAUAAUGCUAGCUAGCUACGCCAUGUGCCUAAAUGGCACCUAUUAUAUUGUACGAGGGAAGAUACGGUACAUGUGAGUUAAUUAAUUAUGGAUCUUUAAAAAUGAUGUGUCAUUUUGCUCGUAGACUUAUCGAUAUUUAUUUUGAUAGCUUUGAUUAAUGGCUGCUUAGCAGUCAAGUCACAUUUUGUACUCUUUUUGUACGCAAUUGCUAAAAAAAUUAAUAUGCUAUCUAAAAUAUCGAUAAGACUGAUACAUUGAUUUAAGUGUUGUUGGAGUAAAGUGUAUGGAUGGAAUCUUCAUAAAUUGCAAGAACUUUGUUGUGCGACUGUAAAACAAUACGAAGUUCAUAUAUUCAAAAACAGAUAAAGUCGUUUAAGCGUAAGAAGGGACUUCGAAUUGUAAAACCUUUAAAUUAUGACUUUUGACGAUAUGUUAGCAAUAAUGAGAUCAAACCUAAUGCUAGAAGAUACUGUCUAAAAGCAAUAAUUGAAUUUAAAACUCCAAUUUAUAUUGAGAUUUUAAUAUUAAAACCGUAUAGAAUUUGAUCUCACCAGUUUCAAUGCCUUACAAUAUAAAACACCAUGUAAUGUUAUAAAAAAUAAUUUAUUUUACACAAGUCGUAGCGAUGCAUGUUCUACAGUUGCUUGCUAUAGAAUGUUAUCAGUGAAGUUUUUUUUAUUUUUAAUAUAAACAAGCAUUAAAUAGCAUUGAUAAUAAAAUUUAAUAUUACAUAA